UCCACAUAGCGACAACUGUAGUGUGUUGUUCUGGGUCAAUUUUGACACUAUCUGCUGGCAUUGAAUGGUUUAGAAGCUACCUCGUUUUAUGAAGUACGGGGAUGGCAAUGGCGCUACAUGGUGGCAGAUUUCUCUGGCGGAGGCAGGCCCUUCCACAGGGUGUCUUGAAACGCUUUCCUUGGGGUACCCCGAGCAGGAUGCAGAGUUCUUAUUCAGGGGUAACGCAAGAGGAGAAGAGACUCGAGCUAGCUACUGCUGACCGCACUAAUGUCGCAGCAAAGACUGCGUCUCUGCAGGAGCUGGCGACCCCUGGUGGUGGGAGGAGGUUACUGAAGGAGGACCCGCUACCCUUCUCUGCCUUCCUGACUGACAGCUUUGGCAGGAAACACAGCUACCUGCGCAUCUCCCUCACUGAGAAGUGCAACCUCCGCUGCCAGUACUGCAUGCCGGAGGAGGGUGUGAAGCUGACCCCGCGCUCACAGCUCCUCUCCACAGAGGAAAUCGUGUCUCUGGCCCGGCUGUUUGUCCAGGAAGGGGUGGACAAGAUCCGGCUGACUGGCGGGGAGCCUCUGAUCAGGCCCGACGUCGUCAACAUCAUUGCGGAGCUGCGGAAGCUGGAGGGUCUGAAGACCAUCGCUGUGACGACGAACGGCAUGAACCUGGCACGUCUGCUUCCCAGUCUGAAGGAGGCGGGGCUCAAUCUGAUCAACAUCAGCCUGGACUCGCUGGUGCCGGCCAAGUUCGAGUUCAUUGUGCGCAGGAAAGGCUUCCACAAGGUAAUGGACGGAAUCAACAAAGCAAUUGAACUGGGCUACAACCCUGUUAAAGUGAACUGCGUGGUGAUGAGGGGGCUGAACGAGGAUGAGCUGCUGGACUUCGUUUCACUGACGGAAGACAAGCCCCUGGAUGUGCGCUUCAUUGAGUACAUGCCUUUUGACGGCAACAAGUGGAACUUUAAGAAGAUGGUGAGCUACCAGGAAAUGCUGGACCGGAUCAGGCAGGAGUGGCCCGGACUGGAGCAGCUUCCAGCUGGAGGCACGGACACGGCCAAGACCUACAAGGUUCCUGGUUUCCAAGGGCAGGUGGGUUUCAUCACCUCCAUGUCGGAGCACUUCUGCGGGUCGUGUAACCGCCUGCGCAUCACUGCGGACGGGAACCUCAAGGUCUGCCUGUUUGGGAAUGUGGAGGUUUCCCUGCGGGAUUGUCUACGAUCGGGAGCAGGGGAGGAGGAGCUGCUGCAAAUCAUUGGAGCGGCCGUUGGGAGGAAGAAGAGACAACACGCAGGUAUGUUCAACAUAUCCCAGAUGAAGAACCGGCCCAUGAUCCUGAUCGCAGGCGAGCUGCAAAGGUCCCUGCCACUGCCCCGAUGCCCUCCCUCAAGACUCCAACACCACAAGUGGGCGAUGUGGACACACAUCGUGGACCAGUGGAUGAUGCCCUUUAAAGAGUGUUGGAACCCUAUUUUACCCUUUGCGAAACUAGCAAUGCAAACCUCAUUGUCUUCAGGAAGACUGUGCCACACUAAUGCAGUGGACUCAGGGAGCAGGACAGAUACACAGUGCCUUAGUUGUAGCGCCGACUCCAACACAUCACAUGCAAUCUUUUACACCAACUUGGGACAGGGAUCUGGUACAGGGGUGGGCGCUUAUUCCAACGCACUUGCAGAUCAUUGGAACAAGGAUGCUUGUCUCAGAAAAUCCUAUGGCAUUAUUUUUGCUGAAGAUGGCCACGUAAUUACCUCUGACGCACACACAAGGGACUGUGAUAAGUUUACUCUGCAUGAGUCCUCCCCGAAAAUGGAUUCUGAUACAGAGAAAAACAAUUAUUUAAACAUACGCACAAGCAAACGGGACUUAAAUAUUUAUCUUGGAAAAGACAAUGAACCUCUCACCCUCAAUGAGGGCAGAGAUUUAUUCAGUGAAGCUGAUAUUUCCAAUCUAGAGGAACACAUAUGCAGUCCGGUCACUGAGAAUCCCCUUGAAAGUGCCAAAGGCCAUUCCGUCCCAAAAGACUUGCGUAAUCCUGGAACUGCCAGUUCGAAAACAAACAGCAAAUUCACAUUGCAUGCAGGCCUUGAUGUUGCAGCCCAAACAGCUUUCCAAAAGAGUGAGUGGACAUCUCCUGCUUGUUUAGAACCAUCCCUUGAUGAUGGAGCCAGCAGUGGGGCAGCCAGGACUUCUGAUCAUCUGACACACACCGACUCGAAGGGCAAGGCCUCCAUGGUGGACGUUGGCGGAAAGCCCAUCACUCGCCGCUCAGCUGUUGCCCGUGCUACAGUCCAGCUUGGGGAGAAGGCCUUCAAGCUGGUAAGGCAGAACCAGCUAGCCAAGGGCGACGCUUUGGCGGUGGCGCAGAUAGCUGGCAUCCUGGCAGCCAAACAGACAAGCAGUCUGAUCCCGCUGUGCCACCCGCUACCCUUAGACAAGGUGGAAGUCUCUCUGCAUCUGGAGGAGUUAGGGUGGUUUGCUGUCGUCACGGCGACCUGCCUUACCAGCGGGCGCACAGGGGUGGAGAUGGAGGCACUGACUGCAGCCUCAGUGGCAGCCCUGACCCUCUAUGAUAUGUGCAAGGCCGUCACCCAUGACAUCGUCAUUCAGGAGCUCAAGCUGCUCAGCAAGACGGGGGGCCAGAGAGGGGAUUUCCAACGGGCCACCUAAGUUGCACAGAUCCCAAAUGUAGGUGCACAAUAAGCCCAAGGAGCUCUGUGGAGCCCAUCCCUUUAUCUUCCUUCGACUUCUUGAUGACUGCCAACAAGCAGCAUGCACAGAUGGCUCGACAAUGCAGGGAUUCACAGAUUGGCAGGGAAAAGUUAAGGAUGUUCUAACAUGCAGCCUGCAAAGCCUCUCAAAAUCUCUCAAAAUCUCCUUUAUGUAAAUGAUGUUUCUAAGUAGCAAGGUGGCAUGAUCACUGAUAACCAGUUAUGGUUGUCUACCAUUUUAAACUAAAGUUUCUUCAAAUGAAAUUUGCCUGAGCUAAUUGGAUACCUGGUCUUACCAGUCAAUAAAUAAGAAAAUAUUUUCUUUUUUUUUUUUUCCCAAAGAAGGGCAUCUUGAAUAAGCAACCUUCAUUAAAAUACUGCCUGAUCAGGAGACUUGACAGCCUUUGUUCACCCCCUUCCUAAUGUCAACUGCAAGAGCUCCAGUAGUGGGAACACCAUGCUUUAGAUCCUUGAAAUGGGUCCCUUAUCUUUGUGCACCAAUAAUAUGAAAACCAGCAUCCCAAACAGUGCAUGCAAUCCCUUUGUGAGUUUUGGUUGUUAUUUAAGAGCCUGUAAAAACAGCAGGGACGAAACCCAUUAAAAUGAUCUCAAACUGGAGGUGUAUUCUGAUGGACCAUCUCAUAGAUCAGUUGAAAUGACCAUCAUUUAUAUAAAUAAAUUUCCUGUAUUUGUCUUCAGUCUGUAAUUUGUGGAGGCUACAAUCCUGAAGUUCAAUGAAUAUAAUGCAAUGUGGUUUUUUUUGUUUGUUUUGGUUUUUUUGGGGCUCAUUUUCCAUAUUGAAAACCGUAACGUUUUCGGUUUCAAAUCUUUUACAUCACUGACUUUGUCAUGGGAAGAAAUGGCAAUAUUUCCUGUUCUUGACUUUCGAUGUAAUGCACUGUGUACCCUUUCUGUUAGCAGCUCCCCAAGUUAACAGUUUGCACACCCCAUAGCUGCUUUUAAGCAUGCCUUUUUGUACUAACUAACCACCAAUACUCGUCCAUUAAAUCCUAAAAGUGUGUUUGAUUUGCAAGCAAUGUUUGUAACCCCACUGAAAAUAAAAAUACAAGACCAGAACGGAAGCUUAUUAAGAUUACAGUAUUUCUAUUCACUUCUGUUGUACAAAGUAAUAUCUAUCUUUUUAAAAAUUGAUAUUUUUGUUGGUUGGUUAACGAAAACUCUUAGAAUGGAAAAGAUCAGUACAUUGUUCCAUCCUACAGCAGGAAGCUCAUUUGAUUAUAUUUUCUUUAACUGUGGUGGCGCUGCCCCCUUGUGGCUUUCAGUGGAAUAAUUAAUACCACGGGAAGGCUUUUCAAGCCAUCAAGAUACUCCUUUCUACCACAGGGGUGGGGGGGGUGUGUGUGUU